AUGAAGAAGAAGGAGUUUAAAGGCUUGGAUCUGAUAUCCUACGAUGUAGAUAUGAAUGUAAACGAAUUAACCUCAUUAGCAAAUAGGAUUAUUGAAACGAGAGGAAAGGCUCCUAAUAAAACCAAGAAUGUUCCUUCAGUCCUCAAUCAAAUUGAAGCUCCCGAUAAUCAAUUAAAUCAAGAAAUGUAUAAUGAAAUUAUAAAGAAAGUAAAACAAGUACUACCAUCAUCAAGUGAAUCGAGUACAAGAGGAAGCUCAAGUCAAGGAAGUAGCAAACUUCCCCUAGUUGCUCAAAUGGGAGGAAGACAAAGGAAAGAAGUGGAUACAUUACUAGAUGAUUCAACUGUAGCAAGUAUUCCUAUGAAUAAGGGAUUUAAAGAAUCAACUCUUUUGGAACAAUCUCCCGAAACUUUAGAAAAAUGUUUUAGAGAUGAAUAUGCUGCUAGAUAUUUGGAACGAUUAGGAAUUUCAGUUACACAAAGGAAUUUGAAAAUAGUGCAUAAUAUUUUACCAAUUUCUAAUUGUGUAGCCCACAAACAUAGAACUCAAAACAAUGAAUUAUAUUUGACAUUUUCUCCAUCUCCAUUAUUAGCAAAAAAUCAACCAGUAUCUGCAAUAACAGCCACUGGAGGUGCUACAUCAUCAAAAACAGAUUAUGAAUACAGAGUUAUGGAAAUAAUGUCAAAGGAAAUGAAAAGACUUAAUUUUGAUCCUUUAUUCGAAAGAAUUAAAAGGAAAAAGAAAUUAAAAGAACUGGAACAAAGUGAGGAAGAUGAACAAAGUGCUGAUAACGAAAAAUCAGAAACAACCCCAAAAAAGACUGGAGUAGUUACUGAUGAAGGAAAAUUAGCAGUUCCCAAAUUUGAUGAGUACAAAAAAUAUAUUUAUCCUUACAAUUUGAUAAGAGAAAAAUUCAUGUUGGAUGGAGAUGAUAAAGAGCUAGAGAUUUCUAUACAUGAAUUGAGAAAAGUUGAUAAGGAGAAAUAUAAGCAAAACAGAAUCGAGAGGAGAGCUAACGCAACCUCAGAAAAUACUAAUGUAACAAAUAUAACAGUCAACACGACUAACAUUCAAAAUAAUCAGAACAGUACUUUACAAACAACACAAACUUCAACUUUAAAAUCCACUCUAAAGAGGGCAACAAGUAAGAAAGAGAAUAGAAUCUCAAAGUCAAACAUUCCUCCAAGAAGUAGAUCCGUAAUGUCAAAGAUUAGUAAGAGAGAAGAGGAUAUAUCUUAUUCAAUUAUUGAUCCCCAUACAUUUGAUGAAAGAGAGUUGGAGAAGAUGCCUCAUUUAUCAUCCUUUGAAAUUGUAGAAUUACAAAACUCAUUCUUUGAAGAAUUUCCAUUUGAUAAAUGGAAUUGGAUUUCAGACAAGCAAAAACAUUCGAUAGCAAAAGAUUUAACAGACAUUAAGCUUACAGCAUUUAUCAAAGUUUUUAUUGAAUACUGCUACUGGGCUUUCUUAAAAGAAUUUGCAAAAGAUCAAAAUCAUGAUAGGUAA